UUGUAUUAUAAGAUUUAUUUUAUUUUUCAAGAAAUUCGUAUAAUAUUUCAUAUAAUAUAUCUGUUUACUAUUAAUGGCAGUUAAAAGAUUUAUGAAUUUAUCUAAUAUAUUUUUUUAAAAACUGUUAAUUUUUUAUAAUUGAAUCGAAUUUAAUAUCUGUAUUCACAGACAAAUUUUUAUAUCUCUUCUAUUAUAUCACUUUUAUAUUUAAAUUAUGAUAAAGUCAUUAAUUUUUCUUUUUAAAAAUAUAUAUUAUUAUAUAAUAGCUAAUUAAUCAAAAAUGAUCAUUUAAAAAUAUUUUAUAUUAAUUAUAGUAUUUCUUAAUAAUAAUUAUCAUUAAAAAAAUUCAAAAAAUUUCAUUAACUUGAAACUUUCUUUCUUAUUACUGUUUCAGCAAAUAAUCUUAGAUAAUUGAUUUUAUAAAUUUUUAUUAUUUUAAAAAAUUAAAUUAUUUAUUUGAUCUGCUAUAUUAUUUAUAUAUAUUUAUAUUAUAUUAUGCUAUAUUAUUAUAUAUAUUUAUAUAUUUAUAUAAUUCCUGAUAGAAUUCCAUUAUAAUCAGAUUGUUAUUUCGUUCUUAAUAAUUUGUGAAUGACAUGAAAAGUAGUGGAGCUCUAGAAUUCAAGAAAUUUGGAUCAUAAAAAUAGAAAUAUUUUAUUAUAAAAUAAUUUUUUAUAUUUUGGUAUAUAUAAUAGUGCCAAUGCGAUAGUGCCUCUGUCGGAAAAAAUUUUAAUUAUAAAAUAACCUAACGAAAUUUAUAAACAAGUAUAAACAUUGAAAUAUGAUUAUUUUUUCAAAAUAUUUAUGUAAUAGAAUAUGGCAAAAAUUAACCUUUAUAAAAAUAUUAGAUAAAGAAUUUAAAGUUUUCUCAACUUUGAAACAAGAAAAAACUCAAUUAGAAGAUAAUAAUAAUUCUGAAAUGGAAAAUAAUAAGUUAAAUGAUUCUCUGUCUUUUGUAAAUUAUAGAUUUAUUUAUCCAGAAUUUUUACCAGAUCCUAAUCCAUUAUAUCGUAACAAUAUAAGAGAAAAAUUAGAACGUAUGGACAUGUUGAAUAGAAGAUCAGUUUUGAAUAUUCCUGAAUUUUAUGUUGGUUCAGUAUUAGCAGUAACUUAUUCUGACUUACAUGCAAAUGAAAAAAUAAAUAAAUUUGUUGGUAUAUGUAUAUUAAGGAAAGGUAGUGGAUUAAGAUCUUCAUUUCUUUUAAGAAAUGUUGUUAAUGGAGAAGGUGUAGAAGUAUCCUAUGAUUUAUAUGAUCCAGCUAUUCAAAAAAUUGAUUGUUUGAAAUUAGAAAAAAGAUUAGAUGAUGAAUUACUUUAUCUUAGAGAUGCACCAUUAGAAUAUAGUACUUUUCCUUUUGAUAUGGAAAUGGAAUCAACAUUUUCAAAAUCUGUUCCAAUUAAUAAAAUUAAAAUUCCUCUUAAUCCAUUACCUUGGUCAGAGAAAUGGGAACGUAAAAAUUUAAAAGGAGUUAGAGACUUGAUUGUUAAUGAAAAACGCAGAAAAAAAGCAGAAGCACAAUCUAAACCAUGGGAGAAAUAUGAUUUGAUGAAAACCUAUAGGGAGACUAUUCCAGAAGAAGAACAACUUGAAAUAUUUUCAGAUGUACAUACAGAACUUCGUCACUUGGAAGUACAGAAGAAUAUUAUAAAACGCAAAUAUAUGUUAAAAAGACAAAAAUAAAUCUUUUUAAUUAUGAAUAAAAAUUAUGAAUAAUAUUUUUUCCAAUUAAAUAUUAUCUGUAUAUUAAAAAAUGA